AUGGAACCAUCUCCUGAGAACCUCAAAGUGGCUGUUAGAGUUCGCCCAUUGUUAUCAAUUGACAGAAGCCAAGACACAAUUGUAUACUUCGGCGAGGUAACCGUUAUUUAGAACGAAGAAAUCAGAGUCAGUGAUGGAGAACAUUACAUAUCAAGCACUUACAAUAAAAUUUUUCGACCUGAAGCUUCACAGGACGAAAUCUUCGAUUUCGUCUCUCCUGCUUUGGGACAAACCAUAAAAGGAUUUAAUUGCACAAUAUUCGCAUAUGGACAAACUGGCUCAGGGAAAACAUAUACGAUGUUUGGGGCUGACUGAGAAAUGAAUAACCCAGCUGCACAAAUUUACUAUGAGAAUGGAGCACAAAUGCGUAGAAAAAGCCAGCUAGAGAGUAUUGAUCACCCAUUAGAUAAUCCAAUAAAGCAAGGGAUUAUUCCUAAAUCAAUCGCUAUGCUUUUUCAGAAUACUCAAGAAAAAGAAAUUACUUAUUAUUCGAGUUUUUUACAGAUUUAUAAUGAAAAAAUUUAUGAUUUGUUACAAGAUCCGAGAAGAGAUAAAGCACUGAAUAUCAGGGAAAGCAAAAUGUAUGGGAUUUAUGUGGAAGGGCUUGCAGAAUUUGUGGUAGAAAAUGCGGAAGAUUGCUUUAUGCUACUUGCGAAGGGGGAUAGAAAUAGAGCAGUUAGACAAACUAGGUUUAAUCAUCAUAGCAGUAGGUCUCAUACUAUUUUUCAGCUUCUUUUGGAAAGGGAUAAAGCAAAUAAGAGAGGAGUACUUAAAAAAGGAAAAUUAAAUUUUUGUGAUUUGGCAGGGUCUGAAAAGUAUGAUAAAGAAAACACUAUGGCUCAUGAACAUGUCCAAGAAUUAACUAAAAUCAACAAAUCUUUGUCAGCGCUUGGAAAAGUCAUUUUUUGCUUAUGCCCCGUUUGAAAGCAUAAAUCUAAUUCAUUAUAAAAUUUAUGUUUAGGAUUAGCGAGACAAUUAUUUUUAUAUAUAUUAUAUAGAAAAUAUUUUUGUUCAGCCCUAAAAAGGGUUAAUUUUCCAAAAAUUUAGGAUUUUUCAAAUUGUUUAAAGGGGUGAGCUAGGAACAGGAAAUGCUACACAUAUUCCUUAUCGAGACUCUAAGCUCACAAGGCUUCUCCAAGAUUCCUUAGGGGUAAGCACUAGAACUAUUCUCAUUGCAACAGUUUCCCCAUCAGCUGGAUAUGCUGAAGAAACGAUAAGCACUCUAAAAUUUGCAGAUCGAGCCAAACAAGUAAUGGUAAAAAUCAAAAAAAAUGAAAUUUCCGCCACAAAUGACGAGCUUGUUUUAAAGCUUCAAAGAGAAAUCCAGCAUCUAAAGUCAAUUUUAAAUUUAAAGCGGAAAGGUGGACUAGAAGAGCUUAAUAAAGAAAUAUGGGAACUAAGGGAAGAGAACCAGAAACUGAAAAAAAUAACAAAUACUUAUACGAUUGAAGAAGUGGAGAAAUUAAAAGUCGAAAAUAAAAAGUUGAGAUUGGAGUUACAGCAUAAUGGGCUUGCAAAUGAUGUAGAAAUGACUUAUCAGGAUUCUGAUAUAAACUCACCAAUUUAUGAUACUCAAGAAAGCAAUCAACAUAGAAGAGAUGAAACUCCAAAUUCUCAAAAAAUGAGAAAAUACUCAGAUUUCUCCCCAAAUGUAACUGGAGCUAUAUCUCCUUCAUCUGUAGGACAUUCAAGAAAAGCAGUUUGUUCUCAAUGUGGUCAAUUUCCUCCUUGUGAACAUAUCCCAGGUUCUCAAUAUAAACGAUCUCCUCCAUCAUCAUAUUAUUCAACAUACAGAUCAACUACAAAUUCCUUAGAGUCUAGAAUAUCAAAGCAGCACAGUCUACCAAAGAAAUUAAACAUCAGGUAUAAAAUGCAUGGAUAUGCUGUUGAAGACAAUGGGGUUGACGAAGAAAUUAAAGAACAAGAAACAAGACAAAAAGAAUUAAAACAAAUUCGAGCCAGAUUGGGGCAGCUAGCUCAAAUAGAAAGCUUCAGAAAGCAAAAGUUUAAAGCAGAACUUGAAAAGCUUGAAGAAGAAAAACGCAAAGAAGAUGAAGAGCUUAGAAAAAGGCAGGCUGAAGAAGCAAAAAAAAGAAAACUAUUAAAUGAGCAGAAAAAAUUAGUUAACACAUAUAAAGAAGCAAAAAAAUUCCAACUUGAAGAAGAAAAUAAAAAAAUGCAAAGGUUUAAACAAGAAGCAGAAAUGAAAAGGAAAAAGAAAACUGAAGAGCAAAAAAAAAUGAUUGAGGAGUAUCAUGCUAAAAAAAGAGAUGUGAUGAGAGAGCUUGAAGAAUAUGUAUAA